UUCUUUCGAAACUAACAGCAUUUAAAGAACAAUGCACUUGACCUAAGAGAAAACAAAAUAUUUUGUUUACGUUUGAAUUGGCAAUGAGAACAGCAACUGUUACUAAAAUAAAGUCUAACUCUUCAUAAGGGAUAGUUUAAAAUCCGAGCGCUAAAAAGAUAUCCAACUAAUCGAUAUUCAACAUCAUAUUUGAUGAAUUUUCAGUGCACAAAGUGGAAUUGUCAAUUCUUUCCCUAACGUGCAGAUAGAGCUAGAGCAUUCCACUUUCAAAGCAUCAUGCUGAAAAACUGGAUUUAUUCCGCGAAAUACGUUCAUUCGGUUUCGAAGAUACCAAGUGUUUACUCGGUGGAUCUUUAACACGGACAAUGACUAACAGUUUGUUGAUCGAAUUUUUUGCUCGUGUUCUAUUCAGCUUCACACGCGGCGUGACAGAGCAUUACAACCCUGAUGAGCCUGGAGUGGAGACCUUUGGAUAUGACGAUACCUUAAGCAGAGAGGGUCGAGAGUGGAAUUGUCAACCCGUCGAUAAACCUAUUUAUCAGGAAUAUUCACCGCCAAAGGAGGACGAGCAUAAUCUAUCGUCAGUAUAUAAUUCGCGGGUUAAAUAUCGGGUCAUCAACGCAAGUUCACCAGAUGAGAGUGAAGACGAACAGCAAGAUGAAGAUGACGAAAUGGCUUGGAAGCGAUUCAGACUAUCCGCUCUUCGCACAGUUUGUCAGUCAAUGUACAUCGGCGCCUUAAUUUCACUCUUAACUCCUGUAAUCAUCGGCCUACUGUACAUCAUGAUUUCUUACCUCUCCUACGAAACGACACAGAACUGCCAAUUUCAGCCGAAGGAGACAAUCCCAAUUAAAAUACAGUGGAUCAGAACACUGUCUGACGUGAUUGGUGUUGCCUUUCUUUACAUGUGGUUGUUUAUGGAAAUGCUUUUUCUUUUCCGACCAUAUCAGUUAAAGGGAGUGAAAAGAAAACUCAUUCUUGUUACUUUUAUCCUGUUUUGUGUGGAUGCCGUGUAUCGUGUUGUACUUCAAGUGUACGGGAUAUCACGUUCCCAGCUUUCUGUGUUUCAGACGAUUCCUCUCUAUGUUUUAUAUAUAAUUAGCAUAUGUUGGCAAGUUUAUCUCCUUACAAAUCACUUUCGGAACCUGUCGGGUAGAGCGAGUUUAUUUAUAAAAAUAUCAGCACCGAGCUUUUUCACUUUCAUUACUGCCAUCUUUACAGCAUCGUUUAUUUAUCCAAUGUACAACAAAAAAACUGAACAUGGAAAACUCCUGAUUGCGCUAUUCUCGCCUCUCUUUGGAGUUAUCUUUAAGGUGCUCUUACGACUAUGCGCUCAACGCUUGAAGAAAAUUGCUCACCCGGGACAUUCGUACAUCUUGUUAGUACCGUUGUAUUUUGGAUCAGCGGUCAUGUUUCGAGUAUUGCAGGCAGACCUUGACAACCUUAAAUUCAUCGCUGUUCUUGGAAUAGUUCACGGAGCGGUAGAAGUUUUAGAACGAAGCACCAUGGCCUUCAUUGAUCAUAUUUGCCAUGCGGUCUGGAAAAGACAAUCAGCUCCUUGGGGAAGUUUUCGCACUCCUCGUCGUGAGAGACUAAUGGCCGAUAUCGCUAUUCUAAGUAUGAUAUGUGAAUCAACUGCUAUUGUGUCUGUUAACGGCGUUUUGUACUUGUAUCAGUUCACUUACUUACAAACCAUUUCACUUUUAAAGCUGCUGCAGGAAUUUGCAAUUCAUACCUCAGUUUCCCUGAUUAUUGAGUGGUUUUUCACCGGUGUAUCCUUGGCCAUCGAGACUCGCUUUCAGAAUAUUGCAGUUAUGGCUGUUUGGCGAAAGAGAUGGAAAAGACACAUUUUGGUUGCGAUAACUAAUCUGGUUCCAAUGUCCAUCUGGACGACAGCAAAUAUCUUGAAGAUUGUGCAUGGGCGCUUUGAUGAAUCUAAAGGUCUUCCGUGCAAAAUGCCGUUUACUUAGAGAACUUCUUAAAACUAAAUGCCGGCAGUCUUACAGCCUUUCUUGGGUUUAUGAGCGUGUAGUGCUCAUGAUUAUUGACAUGUUGUAUUCAAUUCAAUUAAGUAAACUUGGCAUUGAGAAGAACAAAAUCACCUUGCUCGGCUUGUGGGAGGCAAG